GUCUUACCCAAUUCAGUAAUAAUUAAUGCAAUGCUUCCGGUUGGUUCAUGAUUAAAAUCACCAGUUUUACUUAUUUAUUUUUACUUACAAUAGUGUUGUCAACUUCCUUUUUUACCUUUGGUUACGCUUUGUACACUACUUUUGAGGUCCCCAAAAAAGUUUUCUCUCCAGAAAAGCAAUUGGGUGAUUUUCUAUUUGAAGUGUUUUUUUUCCCUUCUUUGUGUUUGAUCCUAUUCCGAUUUUCGAGUAUCUUCUGCACUUUAUUACCUCACCUUUUUUAUUUUGUUUAUUCGAUUUGUUUGUCGACUUGCAUUUUUGUUUGAUUUUUUUUAUUUCUCGCUCAGGGCUUUGCAAAGCUGAAGUAGUAGUCAUCAUAGCAUCAAGUGCUUCUAUUUUCUCUUUUUUUUAUCUUACUAAUAAUUCCAUAAUUUUAUGCAAUCACAAAUAAAGUUGUCCUUCUUUUUUUGCC